AUGCCAAAGAUCAGGGUGCCUGUUAUCGAAGAUCGGUGCAUCGACGAAGCAGAAGGACCAGUUAACGUGACUUGGGAUGAAGUAACCGCAAUAGACACUGCUCCUGAAAACAUCACUUGCACAGAGUCUGUAGGAGGAACCAAUGUAUCACUGACUGGAGGUGUAUUUGGAGUGGGGUGCUACGUGGUAACCUGCAGGAUCGUUCUACCUGAUGGCAAAAUUGUGUCUGCAAACUUCUCCUUUUACAUCAUCGCAAUUCCCAUCAUUUCCGUGCCCGAAGUUGAAGUUCAAUGGAUCGUUUGUGGCAAAGCAUCGAUUCUAGUCACCUGGGAUAAAGUAAAUGCCACGAACGCAGAUGGUAACCCAAUAAACUGCACAAGUGAUACGGGGACCAACGUGACCGUUACAGGGGGUUACUUCCCAGUGGGAUCUCACACUGUGACGUGCUCUGUGACCAACGGUUGGGGUUGUUUCUCCUCAGCAAACUUUACAUUUGAUGUAAUCGAGUCAACUACCACUCCAGAACCAACUACCACACCGGAAAAAACCACUCUAGAACCCACCACCACCAUGGACUCAACUAUAACUUCAGAGCCCACAAGCACUUUGGAGCUGACCACCAAAGACUCUAGUACCACCCGCGAACCAACUACCACACAGGAGAAAACCACUCUAGAACCCACCACCACCAUGGACUCAACUAGAACUCCAGAGCCCACAAGCACUUUGGAUCUGACCACCAAAGACUCUAGUACCACCCGCGGUGAGUGAUUGAUUAACGCUUUUCGCUACGUCAUGAAAAUGAAAAGUCUAAAGAAAAAAAACUUUUUCACUUUUCGAGUCAACCUUUAUUCCAGAAAACAGAGAAAAGAAAAUAUAGAAAUAACAAGUGGAAAAGAAGUAUUACGAGAGAUAUAAUAAAAAUCCAAUGAACAUCACUUAUUAAACUCACAUAUG